AUGACAUCAUCCAUCGACGUUAUCCAAUACCAAGGAAACGGUAUCCACGCUGAAGAAAUUGAUGUGGAAAAUAAAUCCACUUCAUCGGGUCUUUCGGAGCAUCCACGAGACAAAAGUUACGUUUCUUCUUCUUUAUCCGGUAGCGUAACGAUUGUCGAAAAUUUGCCUGAACAUCGUCAAAUGAUUGAGGAAGAGAAAGAUAAAUCAAAACGUAAAAAAUCAAAAUCUCGUGGUUUCCGUCAUAUACUGAAAAGAGAAGAAAAGGAUACUGUGACUGAAAAAUCGGAUUCAAAACAACGAUCAAAUGAUGAGAAAAAAAGUGAAAGUUUGGCUCGUACACUAUCAGGAAUGUUUAGUCAUAAAUCGAAAUCUGAAAAAGAAAAACGUAAGGACCUUGUGGAUAAUAAGAAUCGUAUUAUCCCUAAGCAAACAAAUGAUAGUAGUGAAACGAAGUCAAAAAAUCGUCGUAGUCUUGUUUUCUUUUCUGAUAACGAAGAUGAAGCUACGGAUCAUGCGAGAAGAGGUAAAAGAUUAAAUAGUAACGACUCUCCACUUUCUGAUAAUGAGAAUGGAUCAAACAAAUCAAAGAAUAGUAGAAAGAAUAGGAUUAGUUUGAACAUUGAUAAGUUAUUAGGCCUCGAUGAUGACCAUAAACAUAAAACCUUUAAUAACAAUAACAUAACGGAUUUGUUCCUUCCGGAAACUAACGGUUCCCCUAUUAAAACUUAUAAAGGCCGCCUUGACUCCUCCGGCUCUGUCGGUGGUCGAGAUUCACCCGUUUCAAUUUUGAAACGAACUGUUGCUGUACCUAAUCAAACUGAAUCUCCAAUUUCCUAUACAACUACUUUUGCUCCAUCUGUUUCUAUAAUCAAUGAAUCGACUCGUGAUCAUUCUCAGGAAACUAAGAUUGAAUCUGCUGAAUCUGUUGAACAGAAAGAUGAAGCUAUUGAACUGAAAAAUGAAAUUAAUAUUGAAUCCGUUGAACAGAAAGAUGAAACUAAUAUUGACCCUGUUGAACAGAAAGAUGAAACUAAAACUGAUUCU